AUGGAUCGGCCAAGUUUGGGUCUUGACUUUCUUGAGGGAAGGUCUGACCAUGGCGCUUCUAACCCUCCACCUACUCAGCCUGCAACUUUGGUCAAAACUUUUGCUUCUGUCCUGUCGGCGUCGGUUGAGACGCAAGUUAACCUUUUUCAGCUCCCUCAACCUACCCGUCGAGGAGAUGUUACCUUUGUGAAAAUCAAUGAAGCUUUGUACCAGGAGCAGGUAGGUCGUCUCCUCCUUCGCAAAGGCUCCAAGCCCAUGACGACGGAAAUUCUUAAAAAGUCCCUUCAAUCUUUAUGGAAUCCAUCCUCUCCCUGGCGUCUUGUACCUCUUGGAAAGGGAUAUUUUGACAUUCACUUUAAUUCUGAAAUGGACAUGAGAAGAAUAUGGGGUGGUGGUACUUGCACGUUGGAGUCUGGAAUCCUUCGCCUUACUCAGUGGAAGCCGGACUUCAAACCUGGUCAGGAAUUGCCUCAAACGCACGCUCAGGUGUGGAUUCAAAUCUCUGGACUCAGUCAAGAAUAUUGGCAUCCCCAACUUAUUAUGGAGAUUGCAAUGGGUGUGGGAACGCCGUUGCAAUUGGAUCACCAUAUAAAGGAAAGGUCAUUUGGUUAUUAUGCUCGGGUUUUGGUGGACAUAGAUCUACUGGGACAUCUUCCUACUUCUAUCAUGGUGGAGCAGGAGAAUCAUUGCUUUUUAGUUGGGAUUGUGUACGAGAGGCUUCCGCCAAAGUGUACUCACUGUGGGUUGGUUGGGCAUUCCAUUGAUAAGUGCCGUCAAAUUUCAGGGCCAAAAGUUCAGCAAUCUAGACAUCUCCAGAUUAAUAUGCCUGUCAGACGGGAAUAUCGUGCCAAACUACCGAAUCAAAGGUCAAUGGAGAACUCGUUGGACUCCCCUGCCCAGCCUCAACCUUCAGAGGUGGUUUCUGAUGCAACUAUUAAUGUUAUUUCAGGGGUGGUCUCUCAAAACCUGGUUGCUCAUAGCGGUACUAAUGAAUUUUUUGAGGAUCCGGUUGGUAUCACGGUCGCAUCCGAUGGUGUAGAAAUUUUGGUGGCGAAGGAGAUUGUUUAUGAUAGCUCUGGGAUUGCUGAUGCUUCUAUCCCAGCAGUUCCUAGACAUUCUGAGGGUUCUCCAAUUGCUUUGGUUGGGAAUGAGGUUGACCUUACUAGGUGCAUUACUCCUUCUAAUGAUAUUCAAGAUGCUCCUAGUCCAGUGGUUCAGGUUGUUAAUGAAAUUUUUGAGGAGGCUGCUCUUCAUCAUAUUCACCAAAUUGCUGAUAUUGUAAUGAAUGAGACUGAGGUUCUAUCUGUAGGUGCAGUUAAUCAUGAGGUUAACACAGUUCAUGAUGGUGUGGGGGGUUCUCCUUCAAAAUCAUGGUCCACAAUUUUCUCGGAGGAGCGGGCUGCUUCAGCUAUUGAGUCGUUCCCCCCUGGUUAUGGACCACUGGAUUCACGUUCGGCUGUUGAAAUUGAUGUUGUUGCAAGAUUUGUUAAUGGGGAGGAUAUUGCUGGUUUCCUUCCCGUUCUCACCAUUUCUCAAAAGAAACAGUUGCGUAGGGAGCAAAAGCGGAUUGCUAGCGCUCGUUCUGAGCCAUACCCUUCUCGGGUUAGACAAAAGCCUAAGAAACUGCAAUGA